AUGAGCACUAUAGCUUAUGCAGCACGUGUCGAGCAUUGGUGGAAUAUCACAUACGCAUACGCUAAUCCAGAUGGCCUUUUUGAACGACGUGUUAUUGGUGUAAAUGGUACCUGGCCGCCACCUGUACUCGAAGUAACCAUCAAUGACACGCUCGUUAUUCAUACACACAAUGGCUUGGAUCAGCCUACUGCUUUACACGCUCAUGGCAUGUUUCAAAAUGGCACAGGAUGGAUGGAUGGUGCCUCCAUGGUUACGCAAUGUCCCAUCCCUCCAGGCUAUGAUUUUACCUAUGAAUUCAAUAUUACACAGCAUGGCAGUUAUUGGUUGCAUAGCCAUUACAUGGGACAAUACGUUGAUGGUUUAAGGACGCCCCUUAUCUUGCACAACUCACCCGAGGAUUAUCAGUAUGAUGAAGAUGUCAUUGUUACCUUGGCUGAUUGGUAUCAUGAAGAAUCUCAUGUCAACCUUGCCUCUUUCUUGAACGUGAAUAAUCCCACUGGUGCCGAGCCGGUACCCCAAUCUGGCUUGAUCAUGGAUAACGUCAACUCGAGCCUCACCUUUCAGCCAGGCAAGACCUACCGCUUACGACUUAUCAACAUGUCAGGUUUCUCCAUGUUUUAUUUCAGCAUCGAUGGUCACAUGCUCGAUGUUAUCGAGAUGGAUGGCGUGAGCACCACACGUACCACAGUGCAAAGCGUAUACUUGACAGCAGCUCAACGUGUAUCGGUAUUGGUGACAGCCAAGAACACCACCGAUACAAAUUACUACAUGCACGCGGAUAUGGAUGCGGACAUGUACGACGUGGUCCCUGAAGACUUGGAUUAUAAUUUAACGGCACCAAUCUACUAUGACCAAAGCCAUAGCAACUUUGCACCAAGCGGUGAUUCAGGAGAGAAGAGCGACUUUGAUGACCUUAAACUCUCACCACUUAUUCCCAAGGCUGCUGCUGAGCCUGAUCACCAGGUUAAUCUCACGAUUGAUUUUCAAGUCACCACUGAUGGUAUCAAUCGAGGCUUCUUCAAUGAUUUACCGUAUCUUGCCCCGAAAGUGCCAUCCAUCAACACCUUGUUUUCGGAAGGCCAAGAUGCAUUAUCGAGCACUGUAUAUGGACCCCAAUCUCGAGCUAUUGUAUUAGACCAUUUGGAUAUGGUUGAAGUUGUGCUUAAUAAUUUAGAUGCCGGUGAUCAUCCAUUCCAUCUUCAUGGCCAUGUAUUUCAAAUAGUCGCACGAGGUGAUGGUGUUUUCGAUGGCAACCGCAGCAGUGUUGAAUGGCACCUUGACAACCCUGCACAACGUGAUACAGUACAAGUGCCUGCCGAAAGCUAUACUAUCAUUCGCUUUCGUGCUGACAAUCCUGGUGUUUGGUUCUUCCAUUGCCAUAUCGAAUGGCACUUGGAAUCAGGUUUGGCUGUUGUAUUUGUGGAAGCACCCAAUGUCGCACAGCAACGGUUGACUCUCCCACAAGCUCUAAAAGACAUGUGCACCGCAGGCGGUAUACCAGCCACUGGCAAUGCUGCUGGCAAGGAAGGUCUUGAUCUUAAAGGCGCACCUAGCGGUGUCACUUUGAUCUAUGAUGGUUUCACGGCCAAGGGCAAGGGUGCUAUGGCAGCUUGUAUAAUAGCUGCAUUGAUUGGCAUGAUCACUAUUGUGUGGUAUGCCUUGGCCGAUCCUACCAAACAAGCUCGUGUCAUUCAGCAGGAAAAAUCCAACGACUCCUAA